CGACAAGACGCAAAUGUAAGUACAUUAGUUCAUUUCAUCUCGGUUGGAGCUGUACACCCUCUACGCUGUAUUUGAUUCCGUAUCGCUCUGUCAAGAACAACUUCUCAAUCACAACCUCGCGCGACUAAAUCACACCUGGCCACCUACAUGUACUCGACGGGCACAGGGUAAUCUCGAACCACCUCCAAGUCCAUGGCGACCAUUCCUCGUCCAGUGCCAGACGGCUUCGAAGCCUUAACCGACACGAUAUCCAUUUACAGACCAGUUGCGAGCAAUGAUAUGAGAUCUGCUUCCCUCAUAGUCAUCUGUAGCUGGAUGGCUGCACUUCCAAAACACAUAACCAAGUACACCGAUCAGUACAAGAAGCUUUUUCCAUCUUCGACAAUCCUCUUGAUUCAGUCAUACUGGCAAGAUGUUGCGGCUAGCGACGAGAAAAUGAUCUCUCGUCUUGCCCUUGCAGUCAACACAAUCAUAGCCCACACCCCCCUCGAAAACAACCUCCUUCCCCAGACCAGUGGCAAAGACAAAGUAAUGCUCCACAUCUUCUCCAACGGCGGCGCCACCAUAGCCAACCACCUCUCGAUUCAACUCCAACAACAUCGCUUGCAGCUCGAGAAACAGCAACCACCGCGCCAGCUCUUCUCUCGCGUGAUUCUAGAAUGCACUCCCUCCCGCCCCAAUGUGUCCAAGUCUGUCAAAGCAAUCUCGUACGCCUUACCCAAAAACUUCAUCCUCCGCACCCUUGGCGUCCUCUUCCUACGCUGCUACAUCUUCCUCGGACUCCUCCAAUGUCGGGUACGAGGGGUAGAGAAUAUGGUAGAUCGUAUACGGCGAAGGUUGAAUGCCACGAGCAAAGCAUUCACCUCGACUCAGAGUCAGAAGGAUGGUCAGCUUUGGAAUCCCACUGUUCCGAGGCUAUAUCUCUAUUCCAAGGGCGAUGAAGUUGUAGGUUGGCAGGAUGUGAGAGAUCAUGCAGAGGAAGCGAGGAGAGAAGCGACGUUUGAGUGUAUUAGGGAGGAAGUUUUCGAGACGGCGCCACAUGUGAGUCUGCCGAGGGAGGAUUUUGAACGGUAUUGGGGAAUUGUGGAGAGGUGGAUGUCUGGCGAAGAGAACACAAGGACAUGAGGUUCUUUGCUUGCAAGGUCGAGUGGCAAUCGAAUGCAGUGUAAUUUUCAGAGCAUUCACGAGUGAGCCUUCAUGCGGGUGAGGAACAGGAAGUACUGCCGUGGACUGGCUUGGCAUUCAAGUGUUUGGGCCGUAAAGAGGCUGCAGACAUCAUAUAGCAGGCUAGGUGCUUAUCUUUU